UAUUAAAAUAUUUUUAUUUAUUAUUGUCUACAGACUUAUUAGAUCGCUUUUUACCAUAUUGUUGUAAGAUUUAUUUACACCUUUCAGGUUGUUUCAAAGAUGAUGGCCGGGCCGCCGAAGUCUAAACGUAACGUUGCCAGGAACUUUAAGAAUCCACCACAACCUCAUAUGUGCAUACAAGAUUAUAUUUCAGGCUCUCCAAUUCCAUGUUAUAUCAAUAUUUUGUCUUGGGAAAAAGUUAAUUUACCCGCUAAUCCUUCUCAAAUAAUACCUAUGCGGGGAGGAAUGGAAUUGAAUCCUCCAAGAAGUCAAGAUAAAAACACUCGAGUGUUUGCUGUUAUUGCUAACCCUGAGGUUUUAAGAAUACGAGGGAAAAAUGCUAAAAACCAGAAUGAUCAAUCCAAUCUAAUAGAAAUGUUGUUAAAUUUUGUGGAGUCCAAAAACAAAGGAGUAAUCUUCAGUCGUAUUUAUUCUAUUCUCAAAGAUCGAGAUAUUACUGGGGAAUUAAAAGAAGUAUGGAAUGUGAUUCAGAAACAAGAAAAUCAAAUAGAAACUUGGAUAGAUGGUCAGCCACCUACUCUACAAUAUUCACAACAUUUAGACCAACAGCAGCAACAACAGCAACAAUUACAAUUGCAACAAUCACCACAACCAAUACCUCAACAAAUUCAACAGCAGCAACAACAGAUUCAACAAGCUCAGCAUAUUAUACAGAAUUCCUAUUUGAUGUCUCAGCCUCCUCAGUAUCGAUCUAAUGUACUUUUCAGUUCAGUAUCCAAUAACGAAUGUUCGAACUAUGAUAGAUACAACUAUUCACAGCAGGGCCUAGUUCCAGUACAUCAGAAUGAGCAAGUUUACCAAGCCAAUUCGAUUAUAACCCGUCCUUAUAAUAAUAACAAUGGCUCACGUAUUGAUUUGGAUUGCUAUAAUUAUCGUGAACGAGACAGAUCAUUUUCUCAACAAUCAGUGUCUAAACAACAACUACCUCUUCCCCAACAGCAACAGCAAAAUUGCCCUGCAUACUCAGCUUCUCAAUACCAUUAUCAAUCAAUACCAAGGCCAAUGAUGCAUUUCAUGAGUUCUAAUGUGAAUUCAAACUAUACUGGACAGAUGAAUCCAAUUAUCACCAGCCAUUUUUCAGACUAUUUUAUAAUGCAACAUCAACACAUGUCAUCUGGAAUAGAACAGCGUCAAAUGGAAAAUCAAAUACACGCUGAGGUUCAUAGGAUGCAGCACCAACAGCAACAAGAACAAAUGCACUUGCAACCAAGUCACAUUCAGCAGCCUAUGCCACAUUAUCCAACCCACGGAUUAAAUAUAGCUGGCAAUCCUCCAAUAAAAACCAUUAAACGAGCUUUUAGUGUACCUAAACUUCAACAUGUGGCGGGAUCGCACAAAAAUAGCUCUUGUAAAAGACAGAACAACUCACCUUCACAUUCAAAACAGAUGACUUCUACAGGUGGUCCUUAUACUCAAUUGUCUAGAGACAAUAGUGCAGAUAAUGCUGUAAAGCCUAAAUCUCCAGUUAAGGUUCUUCAGCGAGAUCCAGUAUUACAAAAUAAACAUAAUGUAUCUCAGUGUUCUGCAGAGAAAAAUGUUAAAAGCUUAGAGAAAAAUAUAGAUGAAAAUUAUGAAGCUUGUAAAGUUCAAAUAACAGAUCUUGAUGAAGAUAAUUCGAAAAAUAAAAAUCAUUCAGAAACAAUAGAUGAAAUUACCUCUAAAGAAGCGGAGGCCUUAAAUUAUAUUGCUUCUCCAAAAGAAACAAAAGACAUGAUAGAAUAUAUUCAAGAAACUAAGACUUUAAAUGUUGUAGAUCCAACAUUAUGUAGUGAAUCUCUUAUUCGAGAAUUGAAAGAGGUAUGUCAUCAUCAUAAUGAAAAACAAAGGCCAGUAAAAACUGUUUUAAAGAGAAAUAAGUCUUGUGCUAAUGAUGUUAAGGUUUGGACGAAAGAUAUAAAAGGAACAAAAAAUGGUAUUAAAAUUAAUUUUGAUCAAAUAAAUUCAAACAAAGUUGAAUGGUUUCAAGAUAGAAACACAGAUGAACAUUUGAAAGGAAUACAACAUAACUUGACAGAACUAGAUGAGGGGUGGAAUGUUAGAGUUAAGCAUAAACCAUCAGAUAGUCAAAGACGAGCUCAGUCUACAGUUAAUAGCAUUAUCAAAAGUGUAUUUAAAAUUCACCAAGGAAAUCACUUAAUUGGAGAUGAUGGAACUGGAAAAAAACAAAAAUCCAAUGGACAACUUAAAGUAAAUGCCAAAAUAUCCCUGAAUGAACAAGAAGAAAUUACUCAAGGGUAUACGAUUCUAAAAAAAUCGGACGUUACAAAGAUUGCAACGACGACUAUGAAUUCAACAGAAGUAGUAACAAAUGAAAUUGCACAGCUAACAAUUCAAGACUGUAAAAAUUCGACGGAAAAGAAGGCCGUUUUUUUAUUAUAAGCCUAGUUAUAGUGUGUCAUAAGAAAAACAGAAAAACAUUUAACAGCCCGCUGAUAAUAAUCGAAAUAAAAUCAGUGUAUAUAGAUAAGUUUACUUAUUAAGAAGAUAAUUUAAAUUUAAUUAAUCGUGAAAGUAAAUGAAGCAAAAACAGUGCGUAAAAAAGUAAACUGCAGAUGACAUAAACAUUUUAAAUAAUUCGGCGAAAAUACUGACGUAAUAUUUAUCUUCGAUAUAAUUUAAUCGAAGAUUAUUUUUAAGAUUUGCUAGCGAGGCUGUGAAACACGAUUGAUAAAUUUCCUCUAAGGAAAUAAAAUAUUAAAAAUACAAACUAUAAGUUUGACGAAUGAGGAAAACAAAAAAUAACUCAGUUCUCACUGCUUUUGAAGUAAGAUGGUAAAGUCAUAUACUCUUACGCCAUGGACUGAUAUUAACCUAUUUUUUAAAACUAGUAUGCUAUAAAACAAAUUCGUCAAUUUUAAUGUGACGAGAAUGGUUCCGUAGGGACGCCCUUUUGACGUUCCUACGUUUAGUACGAACUAUAAUUAUUUAGUAUACUAUCAAAUAAAAAAAAUGAAUUCAAGUUGCUUAUAUACA